AUGACGGGAUUAAAUGUGAAGAGCGUGCACACCACCGUGUACCACCCGGAGAGCAACCCGGUUGAACGUGCAAACCGAGAAAUUGGCCGACUACUUCGCACGUAUUGCCAUAAACAACAUACUAACUGGCUACGUUGGCUAGGCAACAUUGAAUUUUGGAUAAACCAUACUACACACACCACAACCGGGUAUACACCUCAAUACAUCAUGUUUGGAGAGGAUAUACCAAUACCUAUCACUAGAUUAGUGACAUUUCCGAAAAACGAAGCGGCAGAUCCUGAACCAGACAUAGUGCAGAUUGUAAUGAAAAAUACUCGAAAACAGGCACAGCUGCGGAGUUCGUACAAAGAUCGUGACAAGAAGUUCCCGACAUAUGAACCAGGAAUGAAAGUACUGGUGAAAGAGCAUCGAUUAUCCUCGGCGGAAGACCAGGAAACACACAAGCUUUUCUUAUUAUACCAUGGGCCGUACCUGAUUCACGAAGUACAUAACAAUAAUACGGUGACCAUACGUAAACCCACUGGACAAUACCAGACGUACAAUUAUAAGAACGUCAAACAGUAUCACGAGGAUGAACCCACCGUCCAGAUACUACCCAAUGUAGAAUAA